AUGAAACAGUCAUCAAUAACAAGUAAUCCACCACCAUUACCAUUACGACCAUCAACACCUAUAUUAACACAUAUUGAUAAAAAUAUUAAAAAACAAAUUGAUGAACGUGAAAAACUUUUUCUUCUUUAUGAAAAUGAAGGUAAAUUAAAUGAUUUAAUAUAUGAUAUAAGUCAACAUCAAACACCACGUCUUUCAACAACAGAUCCAAAUUCAAUAGAUCAUUAUGGUUUUAUACAUGAUCAACCAAUAAAAUCAUUAACAAUUUAUGAACGUAAACAAAUACAACAAGAAAUAAAACGUAGUGAACGGUGGAAUAAAAUGUUAAAAAAAACAAAUCAUACAAUAACAAGAGAUAAUGAACAAUUACGUCGACGUAUGUUUAAAGGUUUACCAAGUACAUUACGUGGUGCAUUUUGGUCCCGGUUAUUUGAUCUUGAUGAACAAUUACAUGUUAAUAAAGGUUAUUAUGAUAUAUUAAAAAAGAAAGCACGUGUAUCAUCAACAUAUUUAAGUCAGAUUGAUCUUGAUGUACAUCGAACAUAUAGAAAUCAUCAAAUGUUUUGUAAUAGAUAUUGUUUAAGACAAAAACAUUUAUUUUCUAUAUUAGCUGCAUACAGUGUGUACAAUACAGAAAUAGGUUAUACUCAAGGUAUGAAUCAAAUUGUUGCAUUUCUUCUUUUUUAUCUACCUGAAGAAGAAGCAUUUUGGGCAUUUUGUCAAUUAAUGACUGGUUCACGUUGGAUGAUGCAUGGAUUUUUUUGUCCUGGUUUUCCAAAAUUAUUUCGUUUUCAAGCACAAUUUGAAAAAAUUAUGAAAAAAAUGUUACCUAAAGUUUAUAAACAUUUUAUUACAUAUCAAGUUCAAAGUGAUUUAUAUACAAUUCGUUGGUUUAUGCUGUGUUAUCUCGAUUGUCUUCCAUUUCCAUUAACACUUCGUAUAUGGGAUAUAUUUGUAUUAGAUGGUGAACAAGUUUUAUUAACAACAGCAUUUUGUAUAUUACGUAUACAUAGAAAAAAACUUUUACAUUUAAAAACAUUUGAUGGUAUAAAUUCAUUUUUAAAAAAUGAUUUAUGUGAAAAUUUUUCUAAUUCAUCAUUAACAAUUGAUGAAAUUAUUGAAGAAUAUAUUGUUUGUUAUGAAAAAUUAAAACAAAAUAAUUUAUUAACAUUACCAUCACCAACAGAAAGUGAAUUACCAACAAAACCAUUUAAUAUUUCUAUGGGUGAUAUUACAAAAUUAACUAAUAAUACAAAUAAAAAUAUAACAAUAUCAGAUGAAACAAAACCAAUUAAUACAACAACAACAACAAUAACAAAUAGAAAUAAGGCUUCAUCAUCUAUAACAACAACAGAAAUGUCACCAAAAUCUCUACCUAUACCUAUUAUUGAAACUUAUCUUGUUACAUCAACAGCACCAUUAGCAACUGCUGAUGAUGAUUUAUCAUCAAUAGUAAAAUUACGUGAUACAUCUAUUGAAAAUCAAUAUAUUGAAAUAAAACGUUUAACAAAACCAUUUCAAUUAAAUGAUCAACAAUAUUUAACAGAAUAUGAUUGUUGUACAAUAUUAUCAAGUGCUGAUCCAUCAAUAAGUGGUUAUAAACAAAAACAUGAACAUAAUGAUGAUGAUACAAUAAGUUCGAAAAGUGAUAUUAUUGAUGAUGAUGAACAUAUACAAAUAUCACAUAUGAUAACAACAUCAUUUAUACAUGAUAAUAAAAUUGAAAAAUUAAGACGAACAUCAUCAUUUUAUGAUAAUGUUAUUGAUGAUGAACAAUUUAAUUAUUCAUAUAUAAAUUCACAACAUUAUGCAUUCGAUACGGAUAUUCGAUAA